CCUCUUGCUCGGGGAAGUGGGAGACUUUGAAAAAGUUGCCAGAUGCACUUGCAGAAUCCGCGCCAUAAACCCUGUCUGCACUGGCAGCAUUAGGACCUGUAAUUCACUAUCGGUGCAGCCCCGCUGGUGGAAACUGGGAUUAAACUGAGGCCAUGUACACAUUACAUCUUACCUCGAUGUGGGAACAUGGCCACUAAGAAAUUAAGAAGAGCAGGGUUAUCUCAGGAACUUUGUGACAGGCUGAGUCGGCAUCAGAUCACUACCUGUCGGGACUUUCUGUGUCUUUCACUCUUGGAGUUAAUGAAAGUGACCGGGCAAAGUUAUUGGAAUGUACAGAAACUUCUUUGCAAAGUCAGCUUAGCUUGUGCUCCCAAAAUGCAGACUGCUUAUGAGAUGAAAAUGAAAAGGGCUAUCAAUCCAUCCUCAGCCUUCUUCUCCACUACCCUAGAUGGUUUGGAUAAAGCCCUGCAUGGUGGAGUGGCCUGUGGAUCCCUCACAGAGGUAACUGGCCCAUCGGGUUGUGGCAAAACUCAGUUUUGUCUUAUGAUGAGUGUACUGGCUACUCUGCCUAUCAGCAUGGGAGGACUAGAUGGGGCUGUCAUAUACAUUGACACAGAGUCUGCAUUUGGUGCUGAAAGGUUGGUUGAGAUAGCAGAACACCGUUUCCCUAAUUAUUUUGGCACAGAAGAAAAGUUGUUUUCAAUGACCCGUAGCAUUCAUCUCUAUCGGGAGCUCACCUGUGACAGUGUGCUGAAAAGGAUUGAGACUUUGGAAGAAGAAAUCAUUUCUAAGAAGGUUAAGCUUGUAAUAAUUGACUCUGUUGCUUCAGUGGUCAGAAAGGAGUUUGAUAUGAAACUUCAAGGAAACUUGAUGGAGAGAAGUAACUUUCUGGCUAGAGAAGCAUCAUUAUUGAAGUACUUGGCUGAGGAAUUUUCAAUACCAGUUAUCUUGACAAAUCAGAUUACCACACGGCUGAGCAGUGGCCUUGAUAUCCAGGCAGACCUGGUGUCUCCAGCUGAUGACCUGUCCCUGUCUGAAGUUUCAGGAGCCUCUGGGAGCAAGGACAGGGAACCUGGCUAUGUGACAGCAGCACUGGGGAACACAUGGAGUCACAGCGUCAACACCAGGCUCAUACUACAGUAUCAUGACUUGCACACAAGACAGGUCCUGGUUGCUAAAUCUCCCGUUGCUCCAUUCUCAGCUUUUUUCUACACCAUUGAAAAUUCUGGUCUGGUUCUUCAAGAUGGAAAGGACUAUCCAGAUGCCAGCUGGGAAGACUCCAGUCCUGUACUGCAGGCCAUAAGAGUGAGGACCAAUAUCUUGAAAGAUGGCUUCCCCAGUUCCACUGCUGAGACCCUCAAGCUAGCACAACCCAUAUGAAGAAGAACGUGUCUCAGCUGGAGAGAAGCAUGACACAGAUAUUUUGCCAAAUGUGAUUUCUUUAAAUUUCUAUGAAGCAGUUUGUGGAAUUGCUUCUUCUUUUACCUCUGAACAGAGUGACUUUGAGUGUGGUUCUUGUUCUUUGUACAUGAGUAGCCAUAUUAUAUUUAGUGAUAUAAAAAUUCUGUGUUAGUUCUGGUUAAUUUAGGUGACGUGCUGAAGAAAGAUGCCAGAUUGGUGCUCUAAAAUAGGUACAGCUCAGGCUGUGGCAGCACUUACAUCCCCAUCUUACUAUAGCCUUGCCAAUGGGCUUCCUGACCUGGAAGACCCACUUCCAAGAGUGAGAGGAGAAUUCAGUUAGUCCUAAAAUGUCAGUUCAGAAUCUCCAGGGAAAUGUUGAACCCACCAGUUGGCUUGACUAAAGUACAGCAGUUCAGUGGUUCUUGUGUCUAUGAUGUACUUUAGAAUAAUCUUAGCCUGUUGUGUAUCACAGUGAAAUCUAAUCGUAAGCUUAUAGCAAUUCAAGGUUGAGGGAGAAAAUGUAGCAAUGAUUGCAGUCUCAUCCUUCUCGUGGCUGAAUUCUAGAAGAUUAGUGUGUAUGUCCACUGUUCAGCUUUUUCCAUCUUCAAAACAUUCACUAAUCCUCACAACACCACUGCAAGGAAGGAAAGUAAUUGUUACCCAUUUUACAAGUGGAAAAACAGAAUCAGAAAACUUGACCUGUUCAAGAUCACACCUGGUCUACACCUAAAAUUUAGGUCGACCUAGCUACAGCACUCAGGGAAGUAAAAGCUUUUGGAGUCUGUGCGACAUGGUUAGAGCAAUCUAACCCGCACUGUAGACAGAGCAGUUGGUUGAUGGAAGAAUUCUUCCAUUGACCUAGCUACCUCCUCUUGGAGAGAUGGAUUUAUUACAGCAAUGGUGAAAGCCCUUCUGUCAAUGUAGGAAGUGUUUUCACUACAGCGGCACAGCUGCGGCAUUGUAGCUGUGGUGCUGCACCGUAGACAUGGUCUGAGCUGGGAUUACAAGUUCCUGGCUCCUAAUUCUCUGCAAGCACAAACCAGGCCUAUCUCUCCACAACUAGGGAGGUCACUCAUCUGAUUUUCACCCAGACAGCCCACUUUUGGGGUGGUUUGUCCCCUACUGGGACAAAAAACAGACGUGAUAUUGUCUGGUAUUGGAUGGGGGCCACUAUUUUUCAGAGUGCUCUGCUUUGCUCCCUCUGGCAUGACAUUGAACACACCAUGCAUUGAUCAAAAAGAGGAAACCAAGUGAUGAAAUGCAAAAUGAGGAAUCCAGAAAAAUGCUACAUGGUUGAAGAGAGGUUUUCCCUUUAUGGCCAUUCCACUCCAGCCAACGUUGAUAGUGAGUGAAAGUCAUUACCAUUUGAUGGCUGUUGGGUGCUCUUUGUGAAAUGAGCCAAUAGCAGAGGCAGAUUAAGGUCUCCUGGGGCCCUGGGCCAGAGCAAGUGACGGGGGGGCGGGUCUGAUGCCGGAACUGUGGCCUUCCCCUACCCCUUCCACCUGCUGCUCCAUCCCUUCUGCCUGCACCCCCGCCCAUGGCCCUACCCCAUUCUUCCCCUUCCCCGUGGCCCUGCCCCAUUCUACUCACAGCCCUGCCCCACUCCACCCCAUGAACCCUACUCCCAUUCCACCUCUUCCUCCGCAGCCCUGUCCCCCACUCGCUUCUUUCCGCCACCCCCUGCUGCAGCCACGAGGCCAGAGAAGCUCUGGCUGCAGCGGACAGCGAGAGCUCCUCCAUCCCCAGGGCCGCAGCGGGGACCCCUAGGCCCGGCCCCAUAGGCCUGUGCGGUAAUCCUCCACUGCCAAUAGCCUCAACCCAGUUCCUAGUGGACAAUUGCUCGCAUCUCAAAACCGCCAUGACAUGUGUCACUUAUUGACACUCAUGUUGGCAGUCUCAGCAGAGGUUAAGUAUGGGAUGGGGCACAGAAAAUAAUCUUCCUUCUUACUAAGUUAGGAGAGCAACCUGGAAAUGAGUGCUCUGCAUACACACACACACUCUCUCACACACUCCUCUCUCUGGAAGUAGCCGUUGCUACAGUUGCCAAACGUGUUAUUCCAUUUCAAUAGGCCACUUCAUAAAAUUUCCAAAUUGCUUCUUGGGGAAGAGAAACUCCCUGGCUGUUGUGUUACUGUUUGGUACUUUGAGGAGGCUUUUUUAUUUUUAAACCAAAGGAGAGAUUUUCAGCUUGACGAUGUUGUCUGCCACGGCCGCUUUUUAAUAGGGUCCCGCUGGGCUAGUAUGUACCCAUUUCACCUGAGUAGCUUAUAAAUGUUUGGUAGCGCAUUCAGACGCAGAAGUGUUUUCUGCUCUUACCGGAGGCGGUGUUAGCCCAUGGGGGGCCCUAAGCAGGAAUAUUCCCCCCCCACACACACACACAAAACACAUAAUAAAAAGUGAAUAGGGGCCCCCCCUUGAGCUGCUCAGGGUCCUAAGCAAUUGCUUAGUCUGCUUAUGUCUAGCACUGGCUCUGGCUCUUACAGUCACAUGCCUGAGUCCAGGACCUUUCAGAACUACAAAAGGCUGAAGGGCAGGGAAAAUUCCAUCGAGAAGCAUUCAGGUCGCCAAGAAACAGCCAGGGUCUGUUUAGGCUUAAAAUGCUUUGUUGUUUUGGGGGGGAGGUAGAAGAGGGGAGUACAUAUUUUUUAAAUGUUGAAAUGCAAGAAUUGUUUAGCUGAUUUGUCCUGUAUUAUAGGAACAUUAUGAUUUGGGGGGGGGGGAGGCACUAAGCUUUUUAAUAUAUCUAAGGAGCUAGAGUGUUUUAUGAACAUUAUUGUAUGCAGUGAUGUUGUAGUUGUGUUGUUCACAGGCUCUUAGCGAGACAAGGGGUGUGAAUAAAAGAUAUUACUUCACCCCCCUUGUCUCUCUAACAUCGCUUCCCCUUCUGUGAUGUGAUGGCCUCAGCACACCCUGAAUAACAGCCCCUGCACUCCUUGUUCAUCCCCUGGGAAGCACAGAGACCUGCUGACUACUGCUCCCCCUUGGGAUUAAGAUGACAAAAAUGAAUGGUGGGGAGCCAUGGUCAGAGCUCUAUCCCUAUCUGCACUGGCUCCUAGGGUGCACCAGUGAGAGCAAUCUGAGGCACAAUCUCGCCAGUGUUUCUGCUGGGCCUGGUCAGUUCUGCACCACCACCGCACAGACAAAGCUGUGGCAUAAAUGUCACAACCAAGCCCAUAUUGCCAGAGAAGCCUGCUUUUGCAAGGAAAUUAACCAGAUGAACCAAUAAGUCUCUUCUGUUCCUACUCCUGUGAUUCCAUGGCCCUGCAAACACAUGCACUCAAUUCCUGCUGCAUCCCAUGCUAUGAAUCUUGCAACUAGACUGCUGCAGACAUUCUCUUUCUCCUCUCUAAGGACAAUAGUAAAAUCCACCAGCCACUUCCUUCACUAAUUGGGUCAGGUUCUCUCUAAGAAAUUAAUUGACAGUUGAACAGAUUUAUUUCCACUAUAGGUGAGCAAAAAAAGAGCAUCAACAUGAUUAAUUGCGUGAAAGGGACGACAGGUUUGUAGUUCAAAAGGCCUGAACUGAUUUCUUUUCUCUUUUCCUCCCCUAUCCAAACUGCUCUGUAAUCAGAUAUGCAAAAGGGCACAUACUGAGUUAAAGUGACUUUUUGAAGGCUUCUCACACUGUACAAACAACUUCUGAGGCCAGUCCGGAGCCAAACCAGCACGUAUCAGUUCAUUCCAGCACUUGUCGAGGAAAGAGAGUGAGAGAAAAUUAGAUCACUCAAGGACAGCUUCCUCCUGUUUCUUCUAUGUCCCACUACGCCCCCCAGGCCUAUGACCUGCUAAUGUCCUUUUCCUCUUUGUGACGUCAUGCCCCAGUUAAGAUAAUGGCCUGUUUGUACAUUUCCAUAGCACCUUCCACUGUAAAGGAUCCGAAGUGCUUUGAAAAUUCUUUUCACAGUGAUCACUUCGUCCAUCACUGAAAUGUAGCCAGGUCUGAGGUGGAACAUGGCAGCCACUUAACAGUGCCUAGCAACGCUACACAGCUGUUGAAGACAAGAAGGGAAGAUGUCUAUAUACAAAUGCAGCUACAGGGACAAUUUUACAUAGGAAGGAUAUAAAUAGCAGAGCUGAAAUUUGGCCAGGAUGCUGGGAUUAACAAACCAACUCUUGCUGGUAAUGCACUGGGCUCUGUAAUAACCACAACUAGUGAGUGCCUCUGAUUUUCAUCUCAUCUGAAUGACAUCAGAAUAGUGCCCCCUAUUAAUGUGCUUGGGCAUUGCUUCAACACAGAUUCAAAAGGAAGCAUGCCUGACUCUGCUGUACCACCUAGCUACUGCCCAAUGCCAACAGCAGCAGACAGGCUCAUAGCCCAAAAGGGAUAUGGCAUGGAUUGCAUCGCACCUUUUACAGUAAAAUAAUCCACCUCACACGUGCAUUCCAGGAGCCUGGCUGCUCAGCUGGCCCGUAACUAGGGGGCUGCACACUUUGUGACUUUGAUAGGCAAAGCGCAUUGCACACAACGAGUACUCCUUACACCUCUCCAUUACCUCCCACAAGCUCGCUGUGUGCCACCCUCCCCCUAUAUUUCAGGAAUUCCCUCCCUGCAACCCCCACCACCCCUCCUCACCAGUGGCAGAUUUACCGUGAAACAAACCAUGCUGUGGCACAGGGCCCCCAACAACAGGGCGCCCCAAAGUGCAGGACAAAUCUGACAAAUGACUGAAUUUAAUAAGCACUGCAAGUUGUGAAGCAGUCCAGGCUUUCUGCAUUCUGCGAACUGUGCUCCAAACUUGUUUUUUUUAAAUAGUCUAGCAAAGAAUUUUGCUUUGCCAUUUUUUCACUGUCUCGGCAAUAACAUAGCAGCAACUAAGGGAAAUUGUCAUUUGCCAAUCAAAAGUCUGUCUGCUUGACCAGUUAGCCAAUUGAACAAAAGCACCCUCCCCCGCACAUUGCAACAAUGCUUGUGAUUUGUCACUAGUAUGUAAUUGGUUAAAAAUCCCGUUUUUAAAGAGCCUGAUAAAAAUGCAGGAU